AUGGAUCGGCCGGCGCCGGACCAGCGGUCCACGCUCUUCUCGCCGUACCAGAUGCGCCGCUUCAGCCUCCCGGGGCCGGCGCUGGCGGAGUACUACUCGCAGCGCUCCACCCAGGGAGGGCUGCUCAUCUCCGAGGGCACCGUCGUCUCGCCGGCCGGGCCGGGGUUUCCUCAUGUCCCUGGAAUAUACAAUCAAGAGCAGAUAGAUGGAUGGAAAAAGGUGGUGGAUGCUGUUCAUGCCAAGGGAGGCAUCUUUUUCUGCCAAUUAUGGCACGUAGGCAGAGCUUCUCACCAAGUAUACCAGCCAGACGGCGCUGCUCCAAUAUCCUCAACUGGUAAGCCGAUAUCAGCAAGGUGGAAGAUAUUGUUGCCUGAUGGUUCAUAUGGAACGUAUCCCACGCCAAGGCGCCUUGCGACAUCGGAAAUACCGGACAUAGUUGAGCAAUAUCGCCAAGCCGCCAUAAACGCCAUCAAAGCAGGCUUCGAUGGCAUUGAGAUCCACGGCGCUCAUGGCUACAUCAUCGAUCAGUUUCUCAAGGACGGCAUAAACGACCGCACCGAUGAGUACGGCGGAUCGCUCACCAACCGUUGCAAGUUUCUACUCGAGGUGACCCGAGCCGUGGUAUCUGCCAUCGGAGCAGAACGAACUGCGGUGAGGGUGUCACCGGCCAUUGACCACCUUGACGCUUACGACUCGAACCCGAUGCAGCUCGGCAUGGCCGUCGUUGAGCGGGUCAACGCCCUCCAGCAGGAAGCCGGGCAGCUCGCCUACCUCCACGUGACGCAGCCGAGGUACGCGGCCUACGGGCAGACGGAGUCAGGCCCGCACGGCAGCGCCGAGGAAGAGAGCCGCCUGAUGCGCACCUUGCGGGGUGCAUACCAGGGCACGUUCAUGUGCAGCGGCGGCUACACGCGGGAGCUCGGGCUGGAGGCGGUGGAGAGCGGCGACGCCGACCUGGUGUCGUUCGGGCGGCUGUUCAUUUCCAACCCGGACCUGGUCGAGCGGCUCAGGCUCAACGCCGGCCUCAACAAGUACGUGAGGAAGACGUUCUACACCCCUGACCCCGUCGUGGGCUACACCGACUACCCGUUCCUCGGCAAGCCUAAAUCGCGCAUGUAG